UUUGGUGAAACGUAAGGCUAACUGUCAACUACUCAGCCUACAUAUGCAGUUCGAGAUUUAGCAAAUAGCAAGACACGAGUAUUGGACGAAUACAAGCAAGGAUAUGCUCGCUUUGUCUUAAAACAAGCACUUUUUUCACGUUACUACACAGCACAGAGCACUCCAGCAAACAUGUCCGGAAUUAAAAGGAAAAUUGAGGAUAACGAUCCUGACUAUGAUGCCAUUUCACUGGUUCAAAGUAAUAAGAGAAACAAAACGGCUGAACAUAGUGCUCGAGAAGCGACAGUACAAAAGAUUGAAAACAUCAUCAGGGAGCAGUUUUCAUUGGAAAUGAAGAACAAAGAGCAUGAAAUAGAUGUUAUAAGCCAGCGUCUAAAUGAAGCCAGGAGGAUGAUGGACAGACUACGGGCAUGCAUAGUGGCUAAUUACUUUGCUAGUGCUGGAAUAACAAAGCCUCCAGAGCACACCUUGAAAAGUGACCCUGCAGUGUUGAACCAUCCAGCCAUUCGCCGGUUCUUGGAGUCUCCGUCCCGUUCCUCUUCCCCUCUCAACCAGGGCUCAGAGACACAAUCCCUGGCCCAUUCAGAGUGUGAAUCCCUCUCCCAGCAAGGAGAUGGAGCUGAGAGGAAUGGAGAGGGAACGUGGAGAGAGGAGAGCAGCAGGCAGGAACGCAGACCUGGACGAAACACAGGCAAAGACACAUUUGGUGUGCCUUCACCCAUGGAAGCAGAGCAUAGGGUGACCUACCACACCACUGGAGAUGAAGCCUCCAGACUCUAUGUUAAGAAGACCAUUGUUGUCGGAAACGUAUCCAAGUAUAUUCCCCCAGAUAAGCGAGAAGAGAACGAUCAGUCAACCCAUAAGUGGAUGGUGUAUGUCAGAGGCUCGAGGAGAGAGCCGAGCAUUGACCACUUUGUGAAGAAAGUCUGGUUCUUCCUGCAUCCCAGCUACAAACCUAAUGACCUAGUGGAAGUCAGCGAGCCUCCCUUUCAUUUAACGCGACGCGGAUGGGGGGAGUUUCCUGUGAGGAUCCAGAUCCACUUCAAAGACUCUCGCAACAAACGCAUUGACAUCAUCCACCAGUUAAAGCUGGACAGAACAUACACAGGGCUGCAGACGCUGGGAGCAGAAACUGUGGUUGAUGUGGAGCUUCAUAGAGAUUCUCUUGGCGAAGACUACAUGCCUAAACCCUCCUCAUCCUCCAAGAAAGCGGCUUUAACAGCAGCCAGCCCCAUGUCCACAUCCUCCCUAGCCCAGACUUAUGGACACCCUAGUUCCCCUGUCUUGCAUGAUUUCAGUGCAGAAAAAGGUUUUUUGAAAGCGGAGAUGGGGGGUUCCGAAAGUGUCCAUAAUCCAGGUCUUGCCGCCGGUGAACGCACUCCAACAAGGCCCAGACCUAGUGAGAGGCUCACUCUGGGUUCCCAUGGUAACUCUGCCUUCCAGCCAAUCACAGCAAGCUGUAAAAUAGUUCCCCAGGGACAGGCGCCCAGUCCUGCUGAGUCUCCGGGGAAAUCGUUCCAACCAAUCACCAUGAGCUGUAAAAUAGUCUCAGGUUCACCCAUCUCUACUCCCAGCCAUUCACCACUGCCCCGGACACCCACCUCCUCCACCCCUGUCCACAGCAAGCAGAGCGCCUCCUCUGUUCUCAACAACCCGUACAUUAUCGUUGAUAAGCCUGGCCAGGUGAUCAGCCUGGCGUCCUCAUCAGCUACCGCCACAGGAAGCCCCUCAGCCAAACAGGCUCAAGGAACCCGCUCUCCAGCGCCUAAAGUUCACACCGGCACUUUCCUCUCCUCAGGAUUAAAGGUAAUAAUCAAGCAGGAGCCAGGGGAAGUUUCAACACAGCAACAGCAGAUGGUUUCCACAGUAACCAGCCAGCAGCAACCUGCUGCAGCCCACCAGUUUGUCGCAGUGAAAGGAAGUCAGAUGAUCUCCAUGUCGAGCCAGAAACGGGCUGGGGAGGCCACAGGGUCCACAACUAGCAAGAUGUUGGGUAUUCCUGUGAGCUCAGCGCUUCAGUCUUCAGUGAAACAGGUCGCCAUCAGCAGUGGACAGAUUCUGGUUGCAAAGGGCAGCCCUGUCGUCUCCAAGGUGAUGGGAGGGAAGCAGGUUUUGGCUCAGGGAGUUGCUAAAGCCAUUGUCAGUGGAGCCGGCAGCAUCACUGGUCAGCAAGGUGGCGCCAAGUCUGCUGGUGGCUCAGGUGGCAAGAGUGGAGUGAUGGCCACUCUUCAGCUGCCAGCGAACAAUUUGGCCAACCUGGCCAAUCUGCCUCCAGGCACCAAACUCUACCUAACCACCAACAGUAAGAACCCAUCAGGGAAGGGAAAGCUGCUUCUCAUUCCACAAGGAGCCAUCCUCAGAGCCUCUGGUGCAAGUAAGACAAGUUACGUCACGGGCCACCAGUCCCAGAGCGGCUCGUCGGCAGGUGCAAGCGGCUCUCAGAACUCCUCAUCCUCCUCGUCUUCAAGCAGUCUGCCUUCCAACCUCUCCUAUACAUCUUACAUUUUGAAACAAACCCCACAGGGUACGUUCCUGGUUGGUCAGCCAUCACAGGGAUCAGGGAAGCAAGGGAGUUCCAGUUCGGCAGCGCAUUCAGGAUCAGCAGCAGCUCCUUCCACCCAGCAGGCCAUCCGGGUGACGGCUGGACAGAAGGCGGCCAUCUUGGCUCAGGUCGUCGGCAGCUCACAGGGUGCACAGUUAAAGCUGUCCGAUGGUUCUGUGAAGACGGUAACAGCAGCUGGAGCAAGUCACAUGUCCAAGCCGGGUACCACCACACUGAGGAUGACGGGGGGAGUCAUCACUGCUGCUUGCUCCACUCCCAUCAGCACAGCAGGAGCAGCCGCAGGUCAACAGCAGGCUGCUGAUGGUGGGAAACUUGCCACUCAGCCCCACUCACUUCUAGUGUCGACCAACCAAGCAGCGGUCAUCACCGCAGCCAAGAACACCAGUGCUGCUGGUGGCGGCCUGUCUAAGGCAGCGGUGGCCUCAUUGGUCAAAGGAACCGCCACAAUGACGAAGAGCGCCACAAGUUCAGCCGGGGCUGUCGUGACGCUUGCAAAAGGGGUCACAAAUAUGCCUGUCCUGAGCAUGUCCAAAGGAGCUCGAGUGGGGGCCGUGGUGGGUGUGCCCAAAAGCAGCGGCACAUCAUUAGUUUCUGCAUCAUCAAUAGUCAGCGGGGUGGCAGCUGGAGGAGGAAAGACCAGUGCUGCACUGUCAGGUAUGCUGAAGAUUCACCCUGGAGGCUCCAGCUCCCAGCAGACAGUCUUAACUAUCCCUGCCAACCAGCUCAAGCAGCUGGGAGUUGGCUCUGGGGCUGUUGGGCUGCAAACCAUAUUCAUGCCUGUUGGUAAAGUGGUGUCUAAAGGCCCAGUCUCCAACACCCCUUCCUCCUCUUCUUCAUCCACAACCCAUGGAGCUGCUGGAGCCUCCCCAAGCCCUGCCAGCCAGAUUCCCCCUUCCCUUGUCCAACCUCUGGCACAAGUAAAAACAGAACCAAGCGCCGGUCUCGCCGUCACAGCUGGUCCUUCAACCCCGGUUUCUACGCCAGCUCCACCCUCGGUCCCCGUCUCUUCUACAGCUGCUGCUGUUAAGCAGGAACAAGGCGCAGAUACCUCUACACACGAUCUCGUCAACACUGAGCACAUAGAAACAAUGAUGCAGCUGCUGACUGCUGUAGUGAAGAAGUUCCCUCUAAUUGUGCCUGAUAAGACCGAGGACUCCCAUCCAUUCUGUGCCUCUUCAGUUGAACAGUAUUAUUCUUGGACUAUUGGCAAACGCAGAGCAUCAGAGCUUCAGCGAGCCGUUGCGGUGAAGCGGGUCGUCCAGGACGUCCUGGACCACUCACCCCGCCUGCAGGCCCUUACACCCCCAAAGACCAAAGAGGUUGUGCAAUGGUGCCGGCAAAGGGGAUACACUCCGCCUGACCCUGAGCCCCAACAAAGGAAUGAUGACGAGUCCAUCGAGGACAUUCUCACGCAAAUCGAUAACGAACCUGAGUGCCCAUCCACCCUCAGCAGCUAUGACGAGCUGGUACUGCGGCUGGAGCAGAUGCAAGCCCUGCUGAAGACUGAACCUGAAGAGGAAGAUGAUGAAAUAGUUGACAUUGUCACAGCGACUCCUCCCUGCCAGAAGCUGAAGGUCAAAGAAGAGGAGCAGGAAACUGAUGUGGAGCCCAAGUUUUUCCUCGGGCCCUGCAUUUCCUCCCAGUUUGUCAGUGAAACAGCUCAGCAGAUUGGGGUAACGUUUCAACCAGUGGAAGUGGAAAAGAAUGUGUUUGCUCCAGUAAUCGAAGCGAUGAUUUUGAAGGCUACAGAGCAGUUUGCCAGUGAUAUCCUGAGAGAAGCUCUGGCUGGGGCCUACACGAAAUCUCCAAACAGGGUGCCGAGGGAGAUCACAGCUAUGAACAUCCACCAAGCAGUCAAUAGCAUCCCCACCUGUGACUUCCUCACUAAUGCACACAUGGGUUACCUGACAAAGGACAACUGAAGCUAAACAGGAUUUGAAUUGGACUAGAAGUGGACCCACUCAGGCGGAUGGGGACAAUCGGAACCAUGAGCCAUGACGAAUAGAUCUUUCUCUUGAGAAUAUUGGCGGUCCAAAUGCGGUCCCGUUGGCUCAGGAGGCGCAGCAACAGCCGAUGAACCGAAUUCAGGAACUCAAUCACUGAAGGGCUCAGCUUGCUCCUCAGUGCCGGUGCUACGCAGCGGAGCAACAAAUGUCUUCAACACUUCAAAUUGUCACCUUUUAUUUCUGCUUGGAAAGAAGCCACAUCAUGCUGCUUAUGUUAUUUAAUUUAUAGUAGCUGUUGUGCUCUCUCAUACCUCAUAACAUUAUUUCAGAGAUGAAGUGUUCAUGCCUGAGAGGUCCUGAAAAGGGAAAUAAAAACCUGUGUGAAUUGUGGCACUAGAAACGUCAGACUGCUGUCCUCUCUGGCAUCCCGUCUGCUUCAGUUUCUUUGGGUCGGAUGCAGUUUCUCAGCUGAGGCGAGCUGCGAUUUACUGCAGUUUAGGAACUAAUGAUAAUCUGGGUGUUCUGUCUGUGUGUUCUUUUAAAUCUGAGAGGUUCCCCACAAAGGUGUUGCUGUGGCAACCAGUGAUCAUCAUCACCAGUAUCCCAUAUCCUUCUAAAAUUGUUUCAGUGUUACCCAGCCAGCAGAGGUAAUUAUGAGCAUCGCAGCAGUUAGAUGCAGGAACACAAUGUUUGCUGAGAUUUCUAACAGAUUUUUGUGAAAACAUGUCAUGUCUGACCUUUGACACUAAAUGAAUGAUUCUCAUUUAUUUAAGUAUUCGGGUUAACAGUCAUCAUAUCCAUCAUGGUAUGUAUAAUGCACGCCAGUCAGCCACAACAAUAAAACUACACGUGACUAUUAUGGGUCACUCUGAUAUUUUGCAUUUCUCCCAUGUUUUAUUUUUAGUUGCUAUGUGGAGGUGGUGGUUUUGAUCCUCUAAACCUCGUCUGUGUGAAAGGAAUGUGGGAAAAAGACCAGGUUGGUUCAGGGAAAUAAGUCAUCUCUGGACCAAGCCCAGUCAAUAAAGAGUUAAAAUAAUUAGUCGAAUGGUUUCCAUGUUCUGACUCACUGGUGUGCAUAACCAGUAUGUGAAUUAUAAGUUCAGAAAAUAUUUUUUUUUUCUAUCUAACAUCAACAUUUUAAAUAUUUAUAGCCAAACAGCAGUGUGUGUGUGAAUGGAAUCAAUGUUGAGUACUGUUAUGUGUUUGUCAUUUCGAAAAAAUAAAGGUGUGUUUGUUGUUUUGUAUAAUUGGACAAGCAAAUGUUGCUGUAAGCUGAUUGGCCUGUUUAACCAAAUGAAAUUAAUGUAUAAGAUACCUAAACACUGUAUUGUAUUUUUGUUUCUGUGCAUACCAAAAAUAUGAUCAAUAUUCUUAUAAUAAACUGAGAAAAAUAUUUCUUGAAAUUUA